GGAACGUCUAGUUUGCUCAAACCGAUUAAAGUUAGAAUCUCUAUGAUUUCUCUUCAUCGCCUGUUUAACUACAGAACAGAAACACGUAUUGGUUACUGAGGCAGGAAAACUGUUAUGUGGUGAAAAUCGAAACCAAUGGAAGCAAUUUCCUGUCUUUUGAGGAACAGUGAUUCCAGGAAACAGAGAUGUCUCAAGAAGUUUCUGCUCUGGGUCUUAGCAACACGAUUUUGUUUUUAAAGAAGAAAGCCAUAUUCAGUAUAGGAGUUAAUUAGGGCUAUAGAAAACAAAAACAAAAAAACAACAACUGACGAUUACUAACCAAGAGUGUUUAGUGCUUUCACAACAGUUUUUAAUUUUUGUUUUGUGGUUUUAGACGUGACACAUUGUCCAUAUACUCAUGGGUUAUUAAUAAUUUCAAAGGAACGAACACUAAUGUUAGAAUGGUUAGAUAGCUCUGCAACCAGAACAUGGUUGCUCAAAUAGUUUCUCUCUUGUGGACUAUGCAUAAAAAAGGGUCAUCAUUUUCGUCAUCAAUCAUAUAGGUGACCGAUUUAGGGUUCUGUUAAAUAUAUGUCUUUUUUGGAUUCUACUUCACUUAGUAGAGACAGUUUAGCAUUCACACAUUUUGCCGGAUAAUUCCUAAAACAACAAUUGAGCAUUUUUUUAAAUGUUAUCAAAGUUUGUUAUUUUACCGUUAAAGAAAUAACAUCUAUACGCCAACAUAAAUCAUGAAGAAAAGCAUAUUUGUUUUAAUUUUGCCCGUGAAUCGUUUUCUUUUCGGUAAACCACAAGACUAGUUUUAAACGAAGCUACAUUAAAACGAAUGUGACGGAAGCUGUUAAACGUGUGGCAAAAACAAACAAGAAAAUAUCAUGUCACACGAUAACUACGUCUUACCACGAGACGAACGCAAACGAGUAUGCCCGGGACUGAAUACAACGUCAGUCUACACUGCGGCGGCGGCGGCGGCGGCGCCACACACACUCUGCGACGAUGACUCUUUCAAUGGCUGCUAGACAGUUUGAUGCCAGAACUAUCAGCACAUGGUUAAUGAGCGCCUACCUCUGUCUGACCUUAGCAUCUGGCCAGCCGAAGGUCAUCAACGUCGGGGUGAUGGUGCCGUUCUCCGGACACCGCCCCUGGGUACUGCACAAAACUCGACCGGCACUGGAGGUGGCUAUGCUGUUUGUGAACAGCAGGAGCGAUCUACUACCGCGGAACUACACACUCUGCCUGCUGUUCCGGGACUCCAAAGGAUCUGUGAUUGACGCGCACCUGGCUGCCUUGGAACUGCACAGCCAGAGGCAGGUUCACCUCUUCAUCGGAGCCGUCAACGCCCACGUCGUUGCCCAGGUGGCGAUGUUUUCCGGUCGGUGGGGGGUGCCCGUCAUCAGCGCCACCCCUUUCCUGGACGCGUUUUACGACAGACGCGACUUCGCUGUCCUGACGAGGAUCAUGGGGUCGUACGGGAAGGUGGGCGAGUUCGUCGUCAGGCUCCUGGAACACUUCAAGUGGAAGGUCGUGUCGCUGUUCUACAGUCACGAGAGAGGCGCUUUUCUCCCCAACAGGACUCGGUGCCACUUCACGCUGUUCGCAGUGCACGUGGCCCUGAAGACGGCCUUCAAACAGAACCCAGUGCACGCGCUAGACUGUGAUGACGUCACCGAAGACUUCACGGAGCACCUCAGGGAGGCGUCGAGACACUCCAGAAUUAUGCUCCUGUGUACGUGCCCUGACUCGCUGCGAGAGAUCAUGAUAAAAGCCCAUGAACUGAAUUUCGACAAUGGAGAAUACGUGUUCGUCAAUAUAAACGUGGGGAGCACGAAUGACAGCGCACGGCCGUGGUAUCGUGCUAAUGAUACAGAUGUAAGAAACCAGAAGGCGAGACAGGGUUACGAGGCGCUGCUGACCAUAACUGUGCGGAAACCCAAGGGUCCCGAGUACUACACGUUCACGGAGGAAGUGAGAAGGAUGGCGAUUCACCUGUACGAAAACCAAGCUUACGGUGAGGAAGAGGUGAACGUGUUCGCCGUGGCGUUCUACGAAGCGCUCAUCCUGUACGCCAUCGCUCUGAACGAGACCCUGGCUGCAGGCGGCUCGGCUAGUGACGCCGCCGCCAUUACCGGCAGAAUGUGGAAUCGGACAUUCAUGGGAGUAACUGGAACUGUUAGUAUUGACCCAUAUGGUGACAGAAACCCGGAUUACUCGUUGUGGGAUCUCAAUCCAGCCACGGACCAGUUUGAGGUAGUCGCCAACUAUUUCGGGCACAGGAAGCAAUACGAGCCGGUACCCGGCCGACCGAUAGACUGGGGCGGUGGCCGCACGUCCGCACCGGACGACAACCCAAUGUGUGGGUAUGACGGAUCCGACUGUCCAACCAAAGACCUAUUUCCUGCAUACGGCAUCGUUAUUCUAGUCAGUGCCAUCGUGCUACUGAUCUUCAUUGUGAUACUGAUCAUCGUAUACAAGUGGAAAGACCGUGUGUGCUGGAUGAAUGUAAAUCCCUUCCUGUACAAUCUUUACACCAAUCAAAAUCGAGAUUUGAGGCUGACCGCGGAGCUUGCUCAGAUGACGUGGCUGGUGGACUGGUGGGACAUCUUGUUCGGGGAAAACAGGAAGAAGCCGUUCCAUAGAAGAUCUUCCACAGUAAGUUCGUUGUCGGUGGAUACGAUGUUAGGGCACAUGGAUUUUCUGGGAAACAAACAGGUGUUCACAAAAGUAGGAUCCUACAACGGUGUGAUAGUGUGCAUUAAACCAUUCCACAAUCCUGAUCUCGUAGUUGAUAGGGAAGUGCUUCUGGAAGUAAAACACGUAAAAGAUCUACACCAUGACCAUAUCAUUCGAUUUAUCGGCGCGUGUAUCGAGGUGCCGAACCAGUGUAUUUUAUCGGAGUACUGUAAGAAGGGAAGCCUACAAGAUGUGUUGGAAUCUGAUGAGAUUACGCUGGACUGGAUGUUCCGCUAUUCUAUAAUGCAGGACAUCGCCAGAGGCAUGGCCUAUCUACACACCAGUGAAAUAAAGAGUCAUGGAAGAUUAAAAAGUACAAAUUGUGUCAUCGACAGCAGAUUUGUGGUUAAAAUUACUGACUUUGGACUUCAUCGGCUAAGAGAUUCGCCAGAAAUUAUGGACCAUAAUUCAUUUGCAUACCACGAAAGUAAGCUGUGGACAGCUCCAGAGUUACUUCGUAGUUACGACCGACUCCCAGAAGGAACCAAGAAAGGAGACGUCUACAGUUUCGCCAUCAUCUGUCAGGAGAUCGUCUACAGAGAAGGAGUCUUCUAUCUGAGCAAUCUACGUAUGAGUCCCAAUGAGAAAGUCGAGAGGGUGAUUGAACGCGUGGGCUCGGCGUUUCGUCCCACUCUGAAUACCGGAGAUUGCCCAAGCGUGGAGUUGGCGGAGAUGAUAUGCAGCUGUUGGGAGGAGGACCCAAAGGACAGGCCUGGCUUCUACACCCUCAAGUCCAUCAUCAGGAAACUCAACAAAGAAGGCGAUAAGGGGAAUAUCCUGGAUAACCUGCUAUCAAGGAUGGAGCAGUAUGCUAACAACCUUGAGGAGUUGGUAGAUGAACGGACAGAGGACUACCUGGAACAGAAAAAGAGGGCAGAGGAUUUGCUGUGUUCCAUGCUACCCAAGUCAGUUGCCUACCAGCUAAUACGUGGAGAGACGGUGACAGCGGAGACGUUUGAAAGCGUCACCAUCUUCUUCAGCGACAUCUGUGGCUUCACGGAGAUGUCGGCGAAGAGCACGCCCAUGCAGAUUGUCGACUUUCUGAACGACCUAUACACGCUGUUUGACUCCACAAUUGAGCAUUACGAUGUUUACAAGGUGGAGACGAUAGGUGAUGCCUACAUGGUCGUGUCAGGCAUGCCGGUUAAAAACGGAAAUCUACACGUCAGAGAAAUUUCCCGGAUGUCGCUAGCCCUGCUCGAGAGAGUGCACAAAUUUCAUAUCAGACAUCGUCCAGGGGAACAGUUGAAGAUACGAAUAGGACUGCAUACAGGAGGAGUUUGCGCUGGUGUCGUGGGAAUGAAGAUGCCGAGGUACUGUUUGUUUGGUGACACGGUGAACACAGCGUCCCGCAUGGAAUCUCAUGGACACCCUUUAAAGAUCCAUAUCAGUCCUGACACGAAGUCGAUUCUAGAUUUGUUUGGCUCGUUCAUCGUCAAACCGAGAGGAACAGUCGAAAUCAAGGGUAAAGGUCCAAUGGCAACGUACUGGCUUGUUGGAGAGGAUGGUCUUAAAGGUCCAUCAUGGACAGUACAACAACAAAGACAUUUACUGAAUAGUUGAUUUUAAAAACAGAAAAAAACGAUCGCCAAUAUUAUGGCAACCUCCUCGAUUAUUGGAGAGUAUGAAUUUAGGUAUCUACCACAAUUAUGACAACCUACACGCUAGAAAGUGUGGAGUUUAAUAACAUACACCGACAUUAUGACGUUGAAAAACUGUGGCCGGAUAUUAUGGAGGAGUAUUCGUCACUGCACCAUUAUUUAAAGUGGUUAUUUAACAACAAAACCAAUAUCCGAACCAGGCAUGUUUUAGAAUCUCUCCCUUUCCUGACACAUUGUUUGGUAGUAGACAAGGCGUUAGGAUUAAGUCAAUACAAACUGGACAAAGUAUUGACUUAAAAAGUAGUGUACAUAAUAACGUUAGUAUCUGGGCCCGUGCUUAUAAAACUUAAAUUCUAGACUUUAAUAAAGUCCAGACUUUAACGUAAUGCUAUUUGAAUGGCGUUGUCAUGCCGUUAAAGUCUGGACGUUAUUGAAGUCUAGACUUUACAGUUUAUAAGCACAGGACCUGGCCCCGUGCUUAUAAAACUUAAAAGUCUGGACUUUAUUAAAGUCUAGACUUUAAGGUUUAUAAGCACGGGGCCUGGUGUUCUGGUCUGGUGCGUAUAAAACUUUCAGAGUCUAAGACUCAAGACUCUAAUAGAGUCUGAGACACUAAUGUCAUGACAACGUCAUACAAAUUGCAUGCGUGUGACGUCAUUUGAGAUUGAGUCUGGACUAAAGGUUUUAUAGGCACGGCCCUGAUACCACAGAAACUGGAUACCAACUGUACGUCAACUGGACUCUAAGACUAGUGCAGUUGUGUUGGCGUCUAGACUAGAAACCCAUAAACGUGGAUAUAGUUUGUCUCUACCUUAUUAUUAUUAGAAUUUAAAACCAAACAAGUAGAUUUGAGAUUAAUUUUAAACGCGAACUGAGAUUGACUUCAGUGUUUGAUCUGUGCAUACCAUAAUACUUUUUCUGUAAAGCUGUGAAGACGGACAGAUUACGAAAUAUGCCCAGAAGGUUAGUGAAACUGAACUGAUAAUAAGUAUGGCAUAUGGACAAAACCAGUUUUAUCUGACAUUCCUUAUUUAUAAACUGCAUACUAUUGGAUUGUGCUACAGAUAAUGGGAUAUGUAUAGUAGAUACGAUUUGUAGAUACAUUUAGCUUUUAUAGUUUUGUGUGUGAUAAAAUAAUUUGUGACAUAAAAUGACAACACCAUUGGG